GAAGCUCGCGGCUCUGAGCGACUCCACAGCAACGGCAUUUUCCAGCUCUGUGAAUGAAGUCGUGCUGAUGCUGGAGGAGCUCUGUGGGUAAAUGACAGAGCGGAGCGUAAACAGACCCGUUCCCAGCGUCUCCUCACCGGCGAGCCACCUCUGACACUGUGCGGGGAAGGUCUGCGGCGGGGGAAGAAAACGCGAAAAUGGCCAAACGGCCGGGAAACGACGACGACGGAGGAACGUUAACGUUAAUCUCAGCGACGGUUGGCCAAGAUGUUCAGGAGCGGGUGGAGGAGAGCACGGACGAGGCCUUGUCUCUGGAGGAGAUUUUAACACUUUACAGUCAGCCGAUAAACGAAGAGCAGGCGUGGGCUGUUUGUUACCAGUGCUGCCGGUUCCUGGCUCCGCGGCGACGGGCUAAAUCUGCCCUGAGCCCGGCCAGGAGGAUCGAAGGACCGGGCGAUGUGCGGAUCCGUAAAGAUGGCACGGUUCAAGUACACAACCAGGACAGCCCAGAUAAACACAAAAGACUGCCUUCAUCAUCAACAGAGAUAAUUGAGUCGCUGGGCAUUAUGAUCUACAAAGCUCUGGACUAUGGGCUGAAGGAGAACGAGGAGCGGGAGCUUAGUCCUCCUUUGGAGCAGCUCAUUGACCUAAUGACCAACAUGGCUGACACAGAGACAGACCCCUGCCCUGACGAAGGCUACGAAGCCACAGAGGAGGAAGACGAGGGCGAGGAAGACGAGGGGGAGGAUGAGCAGGCUGAGCUUUCCAAUAUUCAUGGCUAUCGUGACAUCAUAACGCUUUGUACAUCCCACCUCCCGAGUCCUUCGGAUGCCCCUAACCACUACCAGGCCGUGUGUCGGGCUCUGUACGCUGAGACCAAGGAGCUGCGAACCUUCCUGGAGAAGAUCAAGAGUGCCAAAGAGAAUCUGAGACGUAUGGAGGGAAACAUCCCCGAGGAGCCUGUGAAAGACCUGAAUGAGCUGCAGAAUGCUGAUUGGGCGAGGUUUUGGGUGCAGGUUAUGAGGGACCUGAGGAAUGGCGUGAAGCUGAAAAAGGUUCAGGAGCGACAGUAUAACCCUCUGCCCAUAGAGUUUCAGCUCACUCCCUAUGAGAUGCUCAUGGAUGACAUCCGCUCGAAACGCUACAAACUCCGCAAAGUCAUGGUGAAUGGUGACAUUCCUCCCAGGUUAAAGAAGAGUGCUCAUGAGGUCAUACUGGAAUUUAUACGAUCUAGACCUCCACUUAAUCCUGUCUCAGCUCGAAAGCUGAAGCCCCACCCUCCAAGACCCCCAAGCCUCCAUGAGCGCAUCCUGGAGGAGAUAAAAGCCGAGAGGAAGCUCAGGCCUGUCUCUCCUGAUAUGAUCCGCAGGAGCCGGCUUGUAGCUCGACCGCUUAGCAUGUCUGUGAGUUUUGACUCUUCAGGCGCAGGCAAAAGCAUGAGCACUCCUCAAGACUUGUUCCGAAGCUCAGACUUGGACACCCCUGAUGCACCCAGGAAGUUGGCGAUCAGCACGCUUACCCUGGCUAAUGGCACACCACCUGCACACAGCCCUGUGAAUGGAGUAGCAGGGGCUCAGCCGCUCUCUCAGAGGAAGAGACUGCUCAAAGCACCGACGCUGGCCGAGUUAGACAGCUCCGACUCUGAUGAUGAACCUAGCACCCAUCGGUCAGCCAGCAGCUCCAGCAUGUCCACCUCGAUGGUGGACGACACCUCACCGGAGUCUGUAAUGGACAAAAAGACUCUUCCACAGUUCCUUCCCAUAUCUUCCACCCCUCAGCCUGACCGCCAUACUGCUUCUCAUCGGAGACACUCUAUAGAGAAGGAGGCUCCUACCAGCGUCAGGCCAUUUGUGCCUCCGUCUCGCCAAGCUUCCAGAUCACUGCUGCCAACGGAAAACAAGGAGGAAUUUUGCUACCCUGUGGAAUGUCUGGCUCUGACAGUGGAGGAAGUGAUGCACAUCAGACAGGUUCUGGUCAAGGCUGAACUGGAGAAGUUCCAGCAGUACAAGGACAUCUACACUGCUCUGAAGAAAGGAAAACUUUGCUUCUCUUGUCGGACAAAGAGGUUCUCAAUUUUCACCUGGUCCUACACCUGUCAGUUCUGCAAGAGGCCUGUUUGUUCACAGUGUUGUAAGAAGAUGAGGCUGCCCUCCAAGCCUUAUGCCAAUCUGCCCAUUUACUCUUUGGGAACCAAUACCCUGCCUAAGGAGGAGUCUGGAGCCACAGCCCAGCCAGAGAAAGCGUUGGGCAGCCAUCACCACCGCCACAGCCUGAAGAGAUUUUCUAAGCAUGGAGAGCGUUCAUCCUCCAAAGACGAAGUGGAACUGCCAAAAGAGCUGACAGAAGACUGGAGCACCAUGGAGGUGUGUGUGGACUGCAGGAAGUUCAUCAACGACAUCAUCAGUUCCAGCAAGCGCAGCUUAAACGUGGCUACCAAACGGGCCCGUCUGAAGCGCAAGACCCAGUCCUUCUACAUGUCUCCUUCCAACUCCAGGGAUUUCCGUCCUUCAGAGCGGACUAUUAAUGAAGUAUAGGGGUUCUCUCGCUGCGUAUCAUCAUCGGUUCCGUGUUUUGUGGCAGCCGUGCUGGCUGUCCCUCAGAGUUGGGAACUAAAGGUCUGGUCGGGUCAUAUGAUUAAUCCCAUCUGUUUAGGCUGUUUUUGUCUUGGCGAAUUGCUUCAUUGCUCUUUGUAAGAGAGUCCAAGAUCCUGACCAGGAGUCAGGCAUGAUGGGUCUCGCAUAUGACGGCAUGGCUGGAUCAAACGGAAGAUCUCAAGUCUAAGUCACUGUAGAUUGUCUCCAGUUCCCGUCCCCUUUUUUCCUUCUCUUCCAUUUAAGAAGUGCCAGAAGUGACUGAAAGAAUGAGCCUUGUCCUACUUCCAGCAUGGGUCCUUUCCGUGAUCGAACACGCCCCGCUCCACUCCACUCCACUUCUCCACUGUCUCAGGAAAAGGCAGUUUAAGUCUGGAAAUCUAAGUGUGGAAAAUCUUUCUACCACAAACUUUAAAGCUAAUGUCUACCAGCUUUCUUUCCUUACAGAUGUGCAUGUUCUAACACUGAAUGAACUCAAGCCAGGGUGAGGCGACUGAGAAAAUCAGCUAGAUGAGGAGAGAUAAAUGAGAGAAGAAGAGUUUCUAAUGCUUAUAGAGCAUUCAGUUUUUUGUUGAAUGCUACUGAAGUCCUGAAUGUACGUUUUCAUUAAAGCGUGAACCAUACAACUGUAUGUAAAUAGUAAGCUGAAGUAUCAGCCCACAGAUAUGUUAAAAAAAAAAGAAGAAGAAAAAAAGUAAAAAAAAAAAAAACACUUCUUAUUGGCCCCACUCAGGGAGAAGUGAAGCAGUCAAUCUCUGAGAGACGGACAGGCAGAUUAGGUCUGACCAGUCUGCCCUCCUCUGCCCAUUAAUGAUUAACUUACCAAAUGCUUUUUUCCUCAUUUGGUGUUUGUUUAAACUGCUGCUUUGUUAGGCACACGGCCCAAAUUCGUGAACAGUUUUGAUAUCUACAGAAAUUCUUUCAGGAUAUAUAUUUAUAUUUUUUGCUCCAUGUUGGUGAAUGAGGGUCAGAUAUAUGAGCAAAUACCCAAGCCCAGGUCCCUGACCACCUCCUGUUUUUCUAGGGAAUGUUUGGAUGCUAAAUGAUGAGGUUUCAUAAAGAGUAGAGUAGUUAGUUUGCUUGUGCCAAAAACAAAACUCUCCAGCAGUCUGAACUGUAUGUGUCUUGGACCUGUCCUGUACAGUAAAUAUCAAACAUUCUGACGCUAAAUAAUGCAAACAGAUUAUUUUCAAUGAAAUAGAUUGCAUUUAGGAACACGCCAAAUCAUCGUCUUAUAUAUUAAUACAUUCUGUGUAGUCUCUUAUAUUAUGUGUUCAUAUGAUUUUAUAUUAAUAUAAUUCUUGUAAUUAUUUCCAUUGUUCUGUUGGCAAAUUAUUUUGACAUUCAUUUUCAUAGAAAGCACUUUUACAAGAGAACAAAAUGCUGCAUUUCUUUCAUGUUUUUUUUAUUAUUAUUAUUAUUAUUAUUUUUGUUUCCAGUCUCUUUUUUUAAGUGCCAUGUAACAUUCCAGAACUCCUAGGACUGUCCUGCUGGUAUGAAGCUGUUGAAUUAACCGUGGGCUGAAGCUUUCUUAAUCUUCAAUACAUGGUUGUAUACAGGUAGUACCAUUACAGGUAGUGUUCCUUCAUUUCUUGAACUCAAACAAACAAAUAAACAGUAGAUCAGUGUAUUGCAGGUUAGUAGAUUGGUUUAAUACCUCUCACAUAACUGUGCAGAAUCCCAAACUGUUCCGCUGACUCUAUUGCCUCUGUGUAAAGGAAGAACGUGCAUGUAAAACUGGACCUGCUGUUUUUUGAAGUAAAUGAAUUGACAAUAAACAAAAUUUGACUACUGUAA